AUGUCGGGCCGCCAUCCAGUGUCGAUUACCACUGAUCAUGAUGCUGUGAUACAGUCAGCCAUCAUGCAGGUUUUCCCACAGACCCGCCACCGUUUCUGCAAAUGGCACAUCUUCAAAAAAUGCCAGGAGAAGUUAUCCCAUGUUUUUCUUAAACAUCCAACUUUUGAAGCAGACUUUCACAAGUGUGUUAAUUUGACUGAGUCGAUAGAUGAAUUUGAGUCUUGCUGGUUGUCUCUUGUUGACAGAUAUGAUCUCAGGGAUCAUGAAUGGCUUCAAACAGUAUACUCUGCUCGCAGGCAAUGGGUCCCUGUCUAUCUGCGUGACACAUUUUUUGCAGAAAUGUCCAUAACUCAGAGAAGUGACAGCAUGAACUCAUAUUUUGAUGGAUAUGUGAAUGCUUCAACAAAUCUGAGCCAGUUCUUUAAGCUCUAUGAGAAAGCUCUUGAGAGUCGCAACGAGAAGGAAGUGAAAGCAGAUUUUGAAACUAUGAACACUGCCCCAGUUUUGAAGACCCCAUCUCCAAUGGAAAAGCAAGCAUCUGAGCUUUAUACAAAAAAAAUAUUUAUGAGGUUCCAAGAGGAGCUAGUUGGGACACUAACUUUCACGGCAUCUAAAGGUGAUGAUGAUGGGGAGAUCAUCACAUAUCAAGUAGCAAAGUUUGGGGAGGACCAUAAAGCAUAUUAUGUUAAGCUUAAUGUUUUGGAGAUGAUGGCAACUUGUAGUUGCCAGAUGUUUGAGUUCUCAGGUCUUCUUUGCAGACAUGUAUUGGCAGUCUUUAGAGUGACCAAUGUGCUAACUCUCCCAUCCCAUUACAUAUUGAAACGAUGGACAAGAAAUGCCAAGAGCAGUGUCAUGUUAGAAGAACGUUCUAGUGAUGUAUAUACCAAUUAUCUAGAAUCUCAUACUGUUAGAUACAAUACCUUACGUCAUGAGGCCUUUAAAUUUGUAGAUGGAGCAAAGUCUUCUGAAACCUAUGACAUUGCACUGGAUGCUCUGAAAGAGGCUGCCAAAAAAGUAGCUCAUGCACCAAAGAAUGACGGGAAAACCAUGGUCAACGGGCAUGUCAGGGGCAACUUGGCUGGUGGAGCAAGUCGGAUACAUUAUGCUAGUGGGGAUCAUGAGGGGAGUUCGGGCCAACACUUGUCUGAGGAUGAUAUGGACAAAAAAAUUCGAGAACUUACGAAUGAGCUGCAGUGUGCAAAUCGGAAGUGUGAAGUUUAUCGGGCUAACCUACUUUCGGGUCCAUGUUUUGGACCAUGGAUGGAUCUUGGUUGCGGAUUUGACUCGCCAGAGGCUUGA